AUGGGCUCGUCAUCAUCGAAGCCAGCGCGUAAGCUCGGGUCAGAAUUGGCGUCUUCCGUCGCUCGCGCUGUUCCGUCCGCCGCCAAGCCUUCUGCCCACCCAAACCCAGCUCCUGCUGCUCCUUCGAACGCCGGCAAGGAUCGUGUUACGCCCACAGAGUAUGGCGCUUCUAAAGCGAAGCAGAGCUCGCAGUACGCACCGUAUGCAUCGACUCGCAGAGAACAAGAAACACAGCGACAGCAGCAGCAAGCCAGCGAAACAAAGUCUGCCGACAUCAUGCGUGAUGCUUACGAUCCACAGUUCAUGCAGAACCUGUCGAGGUUAGGACAGGUGCAAGUCCCAAAGAAUGCUACCAACUAUCAGCCUAACGACCAAAUGCUCCGUAUUCUGGAAGCACGUGAGCGAGCCAACCUCGAUAACAUGCAGUCUGCAGCGGCCAUUUCCUCGUCAUCCUCCACUUCUCCCGCUAGUGCAUCGGCAAAGUCGGCAGGGGUUCCCAGAAUCUCAGCCAACACCAUCACUCUUUUACUCGACGACCGAAAGCAUUGCGAGACAAGAAAGGACCUCGAACGACUUGCCCUCGAGUACGAUCUGCCCCUGGAAACCAUCGAAACGCUGGCAAAGUACUACAACUCACCGACGCUGGGCGAAGAGAUCAGCGACGAUGCCGGAGAGCACACCAAACAGGGAGACCAGGCGAAUAUGCAGGAGGAAAGAGCUCCACCAAAGGUCAGAGGCGUCUGGGUGGAGCCAAAGCUUCAGAACCAGAUCUCAGCAUAA